AUGAGUAGCUUGGUUGAGAGGCUUCGUGUAAGAUCUAAUCGCAAACCAAUUUAUACUAUAAAUGAGUCAGAUGAUGAUUCUGAGAUGUUGCCUAGAAAACAUGAUAAACCUCAGGAAAAAUUUGAGAGAAUAGCUAGAAGUGAUGCAAAAGAAAAUUCAUGUCAAGCUUGUGGAGAAAAUGGAAAUCUUUUGAUCUGUGAAACAUGCACUUAUGCUUUUCAUCCUAGCUGUUUACUCUCCCCACUUAAAAGACCUUUUCCAGACAACUGGAGGUGCCCGGAAUGUGUUAGCCCGCUUAAUGAUAUUGACAAGAUAUUAGAUUGUGAGGUGAGUCCCACAGUAGCUGGUGCAAGUGAUGUCACAAAAUUGGAGUCAAAGCAAAACUUUGUGAAACAGUAUCUUGUUAAGUGGAAGGGACUAUCAUAUUUGCACUGCACAUGGGUGCCAAAGGAAGAGUUUCUGAAAGCUUUCAAGAGUUAUCCACAUAUAAAAACCAAAGUAAACAACUUUCAUCGUCAUAUGGCAUCACGUGAUGAAGAUUUUGUUGCCAUUCGACCUGAGUGGACUAUGGUUGAUCGCAUACUUGCUUGCAGGGGUGCUGAUGAUAAGAAGGAAUAUCUUGUGAAGUGGAAAGAGCUUCCAUAUGAUGAAUGCUACUGGGAGCUUGAGUCAGAUAUCUCUGCAUUUCAGUCAGAAAUAGAAAGAUUCAAUGUAUUUCAGUUGAGGUCCAGGAAAAUUUUUUCUGGAAAACAAAAAAGUGGUGUUAAGGGUGGGGCUAAAUUGAAUAAACAGAAGAAAGAAUUUCAACAGUACGAACAUAGCCCUCAGUUUCUUUCAGGGGGUACACUGCAUUCAUAUCAACUUGAAGGAUUGAACUUCCUACGAUACUCUUGGUCUAAGCAAACCCAUGUUAUACUUGCUGAUGAAAUGGGACUUGGAAAAACCAUACAAAGUAUUGCUUUCUUAGCAUCCCUUUUUGAAGAGGAUGUUUCUCCACAUCUGGUGGUUGCUCCACUUUCAACUUUGCGAAACUGGGAACGAGAAUUUGCUACUUGGGCACCUCAAAUGAAUGUUGUCAUGUAUUUUGGAUCUUCCCAAGCUCGUGCUUGUAUUAGAGAGUAUGAAUUCUAUUUUCCAAAAAAUCAGACGAUAAAAAAAAAGAGAUCUAGACAGAUAGUUAGUGGAAGCAAAGAAGAAAGGAUAAAAUUUGAUAUCCUGUUGACAUCAUAUGAGAUGAUAAAUUUUGAUACAGCAUCAUUGAAACGAAUAAAAUGGGAAUGCAUGAUAGUUGAUGAGGGUCACCGUCUUAAAAACAAGGAUUCUAAAUUAUUUUCUUCAUUGAUGCAAUAUUCUAGCAGACAUCGUGUGCUUUUGACAGGAACUCCGCUUCAGAACAAUCUGGAUGAACUUUUUAUGCUUAUGCACUUCCUUGAUGCUGGGAAGUUUGGAAGUUUAGAGAAGUUCCAGGAAGAGUUUAAGGACAUCAAUCAAGAGGAGCAGAUUUUGAGACUUCAUAACAUGUUGGCACCGCAUCUCCUGCGAAGAAUGAAGAAAGAUGUCAUGACGAAACUGCCUCCUAAAAAGGAACUUAUUUUACGUGUUGAAUUAAGUAGCAAACAGAAAACAUACUAUAAGGCAAUUUUGACCCGUAAUUAUCAGAUAUUAACUCGCCGAGGUGGGGCACAAAUUUCUCUAAUCAAUGUUGUUAUGGAACUGCGCAAGCUCUGUUGUCAUCCCUACAUGUUACAAGGAGUUCAACCUAAUCUUGAUGAUGAAAAAGAAUCAUACAAGCAGCUGCUGGAAUCAUCUGGGAAGUUGCAGUUGUUGGACAAGAUGAUGGUGAAGCUUAAAGAGCAAGGACAUAGAGUCCUGAUAUAUUCCCAAUUUCAGCACAUGCUUGAUUUGCUUGAAGAUUAUUGUUCUUAUAAGCACUGGCUGUAUGAAAGGAUAGAUGGCAAAGUUGGUGGAGCUGAAAGACAAGUACGCAUAGAUCGGUUCAAUGCUAAAAAUUCUUCAAGAUUUUGUUUUCUUCUUUCUACUAGAGCUGGGGGAUUGGGGAUAAACCUUACAACAGCUGACACAGUUAUCCUAUAUGACAGUGAUUGGAAUCCUCAUGCUGAUUUGCAAGCCAUGGCCAGAGCUCAUCGACUUGGACAAAUUAACAAGGUGAUGAUUUAUAGGCUUAUAACAAGAGGAACAAUUGAAGAAAGGAUGAUACAGAUGACAAAGCAGAAAAUGGUUUUAGAACACCUAGUUGUAGGGAGGCUAAAGGCUCAAAAUAUUAACCAGGAAGAGUUAGAUGAUAUUAUAAGGUAUGGCUCAGAAGAGCUAUUUGCUGAUGAAAAUGAUGAAGUGGGAAAAUCUCGCCAAAUUCAUUAUGAUGCUGCUGCUAUAGACAGAUUGCUGGAUCGUGAUCAAGUUGGAGAUGAAGAUGCUACUUUGGAUGAUGAAGAUGAAGAUGGAUUUCUGAAGGCCUUUAAGGUGGCAAAUUUUAAAUAUAUUGAUGAAGUUGAGAGUGCAGAGGAGGGGGCACAAAAAAGAGCAAAGGAGAAUCAAUCAUAUGAGAGCAAUUCCGAAAGAACAAAUUACUGGGAAGAGUUGUUAAGAGACAGAUACGAAGAACAUAGACUUGAAGAGUGUAAUGCCUUUGGCAAAGGGAAGCGGAACCGCAACAAAUUACCGAUGGUUUCUUAUGAGGAGGAUGGUUUUAAUGGUUUGGAAGACAUGAGCUCUGAUGAUGAAGAGGACAAAUAUGAAGAGGAUCUUACGAGUGAUGACUCAAAAUCAACUGGAACUACUACUACUACUAGAAGACCUCUCAAAAAGAAAGCUAGAGCAGAUAGCACAGAGCCACUUCCUUUAAUGGAAGGUGAAGGGAAAUCUCUCAAAGUACUUGGUUUUAAUCAAAAUCAAAGAGCUGCUUUUGUUCAAAUUUUGAUGAGGUUUGGGGUUGGUGAUUUUGAUUGGAAAGCGUUUACUUCCUGCAUGAAACAGAAGACUUAUGAAGAAAUCAAAGAGUAUGGAACACUUUUCUUGUCUCAUAUUGCUGAAGAUAUAACUGAUUCCCCUACAUUUGCAGAUGGUGUUCCAAAAGAAGGACUUCGAAUACCAGAUGUACUUGUAAGGAUUGCUGUUCUGCUCUUGAUAAGGGAAAAAGUGAAGUUUGCAUCAGAAAAUUCUCAGACUCCACUUUUUUCAGAUGACAUCUUAAUACGCUAUGCAGGUUUGAAGGGUGCAAAUAUAUGGAAGGAGGAGCAUGAUUUAAUUUUACUGCAUGCUGUGUUGAAGCAUGGCUAUGGAAGGUGGCAUGCCAUGGUUGAUGAUAAGGAUCUGAAGAUUCAGAAGGUUAUCUGUCAGGAGUUGAAUCUCCCCUAUAUAAAUUUACCAGUUCAAGGACAAUCAAAUGACAUAGCAGCUCAUGGUGCAAAUAUGGAAAAUGUGAAAUUGACAUGCAACCAAUCUAGGGAGAGUGGCAGGAGGAGUGACAUGGAAGCUGAUGGUGCACACGGUUCUGGUGAUGCUAGGAACCAAGCACAGUUAAAUCCUGAGUCCUCCACAUUGUAUCAGUUUAAAGAUAUACAAAGAAGACAGAUUGAGUUUAUAAAAAAAAGGAUACUCCUAUUGGAAAAAGGUCUCAAUGCUGAGUACCAGAAAAAAUACUUUGGUGAUUUGAAAUCAAUUGAGGUGGCAAAUGAAGAAUUUAAAGGUAAACCAAUGGUUACAAAUGUACCAAGUUAUACAUUUGGGGAGACUGGUACGCAAAUGAUUGAUCAAGUGCCUCAAGUCAAAGCAAUAGGUUCAGAAGAAAUUUCUGUUUCUGCAUGUAAUAAUGAUCCACAUCGAUUGGAAUUAGUUCAUCUUUACAAUGAGAUGUGCAAGACUAUGGAGGAAAACACCAUAGAUUUAAAUCGAACACCUUUGACAAGUGAAUUGACAGAAGUCACUGUUAUUAAGAACUUGCAUCAACUAGAAAUCAUUUGUGAAGAUGUCAACAGAAUUCUAAAUCAACAAAAUCAACCUUCUGAAGUGCCUAUGCUAAAUUCUGACAACAAAUCGGAUAUUUUAUCAGAGACUGGAGUUGUGGGCUUUGAAUUGCUUUCUACUCCUCAAGAUGAAUGCAAACCUAAACAUGUGGAAAUGGAAUCUGAACCUAAAAAAGAAAACAAGCAGGUCCAGCCUCGUACAAGAGAUGUAUAA